ACGUUAUAGGUUAUGGUUCUUGCAUAACACUUUUUAAAAAAAUAUAAAUUAACCAGAAUUUGUUGAUAAAAUAUUAUUUCAUAUCAUAUUUACGAUGACGUACCUAAUGCUCCUCCAAUAAAAAACUUGCUGAACUAGAAGAUUACGUCGUGAUUUAGCCUUAACAUUCUCAGUCGAAAAACGAGCCUCGCGAGCCUCAGUCGUUUUAUAUAUCUAAUCCGCUUCGAAAGCGAAUAACACGUUUUAUUAAAAUGUCGAAAAUUCCUUCAAUUUCGUCUGAUACGAUGACGUUGACCAGGCACGUUCUGGCUCAACAAAAAUUGGCAAAAAAUGCCACAGGAGAUUUAACACAGCUUUUAACAUCCAUUCAAACUGCUGUAAAAGUAAUUAGUUUCGCGGUAAGAAAAGCUGGAAUAACACAAUUAUUUGGAACGGCAGAAAAAACGAAUGUGCAAGGGGAAGAAGUUAAAAAACUUGAUGUUCUUGCCAAUGAUCUGUUUAUUAACAUGCUUAAAUCAUCUUAUACAACGUGUAUGAUGGUCUCUGAAGAAAAUGAAAAUAUAAUUGAGGUUGAAGCUGAACAAAGUGGAAAAUACAUAGUUUGUUUCGAUCCUUUAGACGGCUCAUCGAAUAUUGAUUGUUUAGCAUCGAUUGGUUCGAUUUUUGGCAUUUACCGUAAAGAAACUGAUGAAGCCCCAUCUCCUUCUUUGGGAUUACAACCUGGCAAUAAGAUGGUAGCGGCUGGAUAUGCUCUUUAUGGAAGUGCAACUGUUAUGGUUUUAACAACAGGAAAUGGAGUUGAUAUGUUUAUGUUGGAUCCAUCUAUUGGUGAAUUUAUUCUCAUUGAGUCGCAAAUGAAAAUUCCUUUGAGAGGAAAAAUUUAUUCAAUCAACGAGGCUUAUGAGAAUAAAUGGGAACCUGCGAUUAAAGAAUAUGUUAAAAAUAAAAAGGAUCCAUCGAAAGGAAAACCAUAUGGAGCUCGUUAUGUUGGUUCGAUGGUUGCGGAUGUUCACCGUACUAUUAAAUAUGGCGGGAUUUUUAUGUAUCCGAUUACGACUGAUGCACCAAAAGGAAAAUUAAGGCUCCAAUAUGAAUGUAAUCCAAUGGCGUUUAUUGUAACUCAAGCUGGGGGGUUAGCAACAAACGGAAAAAUUCCCAUUUUAGAUGUUGUCCCAACUAGUAUCCAUGAAAGAUCCCCUAUUUUCUUAGGAUCUAAAGAAGAUGUCGAAGAAGUUCAAGCUCUUAUUAAUCAACAUGCUAAUUAAUUAUUUUUAAAUGAAAAGUAUAAAUAAAAAAAUCAAAUUUUUAA